CCUUUCAGCAGCGGGAGGCGAUUGAUCGUAGUCUUCGGCAAGAGAGCUAUUCGKGGUUCGUGUGACAACACAAAGGGAUAUCGAGAAUCGCAAUCAUGGGCGUCAAAUUGUAUUAUACCACCGUUACUGCAUCCAGAGAGGUGAAGUCUCAGCAGGCGGAGGUGAUGAGGAUCCUGGACAGUAAGAGCAUCCAGUACGAGCUGAUUGACAUCUCAGUGGGCGGGGAGGUCAGGGACGAGAUGAGAAGCAAGMCAGGGAACCCCACGGCUGUCCCGCCACAGAUCUUCAAUGAGGACCAGUACUGUGGGAACUAUGAGAUGUUUUCUGACUCAGUGGAGGAGGACAAAGUGGAGCAGUUUCUGAAGAUGGCGUGAUGAGGAAGAGUCGUGUGUCGUUGUCGUCCCGUCCCCCCCAGGGAGGCUCGUUGACUACCCCUCUGCCGCACUGGCGGUGCCCGCCCUCUUUCUCAAUGCCAUGAUGAAUGCCAAAUACAACCAACCAAUCAAAAGGCACACGCACACCUUCCCACCCCACCCCGCUGGACUUACCUAACCACUGUUGAAAUGAUUGUGUAUGUUUUAUACGGCACUUAUUAUGUUCUCCCCYUUUCUUUCGUCACUGUUUCCCUUUUUGAUCCUUUCUGGUCAAGAUCUGGGUUCAAAUACUUUCAAAUCACUUUAAAUGCUUAAGUGGUACUUUUUUGAAGCUUUCCUGUAGCAAUUGAACCAAUAGAAAUGUCAAAAAAAGGCAAACACCACCCACCUGCCACUCCAUGCAGACAAAAGCAAAUGCUUAAAUAUUUGUAUUUGGAAUAGUAUUUGAACCCAGGCUUGCCUGGUCCAAUGUGUUCAUGUCACUAAUCAGUCCGAGUCUGGUCUGUGGGAUCAAUGGAGCUGCCUAAUCUAGAUGUGUGGUAAUUAGGUCAAAUAAUCUGGGCUGUACAUGUUACCAAUGUAGGUCCACUAAUCAAGAGGCUAACAUUCACCAGGAAUCGAUCUUGGCAUGAAAUGACCCUUUUAUUCCCUAUAUUGACCUGGUCAAAUGUAGUGCACUACYGCUGCGUUUACAUAGGCAGCCCAAUUCUGAUAUUUUUUUUCACUCAUUCUAUUUUUGACCAAUCACGUCAGAUCUUUCCA